CUGCGGCAAAGCGGAUGUCACGUGACUUUGUUGUCCACAUCUGAACAUGGCGAUGUUUACGUUAUCGCACUAAUCAAGCCGUGCGGAAGCAGUAGCGUCCAAUUCUCGCGUGUGGCCGUAGUGCUGGAGCGCUAUGCAGCAAGAGCCCGUGAGAGACAGACCAGUCAAGAAGAAAAAAAUCCGGGCAUGGACCGAAGCGGCACGAAUUGUGUUGGAGCUACACCCCCAGACUCCGAUGUCUCACAAGGAGAUCUUCUCUGAAAUCUGCACCCGAGGGCUAAAGGAUGCGAGCAGCCCAGCCGCCUUGGCCUGCCUGAAUGCGAUGCUGCAUGCUCACUCCAGGGGACCAGAGGCUCUCUUCUACCGCGUGUUUGGAGCAGCAAGUGUCUUUGGUCUCAAGACUGACAUUCCGGGAAGCGCGGUCAGCUUGGAGGCGGACGAGGAUUCCGGACCAGAGACAGAAGACGCCAGUGUAGUCAACUGCGUGCGUGACCACAAGAAAGCCAAAGUUUUGUAUGUGAAGCUGCCUGCAGGCUUUCGUACACCAAAGGGUCUGAGCAUGGACAUCAUGGCCAAUGGCGAGAGCCUGCCCAACCAACAGCCCAUUCCAAAUGGCAUAUGUUCCUCUGUGCCACUGGACCGAGAGCCACUUCGUCACUCUGUGCGGCAGCAGAGGCGUCCAGUCUGCUACACAGAUGACUCGAUUGAACGUCGCACAUUGGCGUCUGCUGUGCAGGCAUCUCGAAGCUCAGCUCGCGUUGCUGCAAAGUGCAAUGCGCAAUUGGUGGCUAACGACCGUCCCCAGACGACACGCGAAAUUCUUGCGUCCUUACCUGGUGUCAAGCCUCACAAACGUUCGUCACGGAAGCUCAGCAUGACUGCUCAGAUUGCGGAGACCCGGAGAGGCUUAGUGGACCUAGAAACACCCGAUUCCAUAUUGGUCAACACUAACAUCAAGGACCUACUGACUCGACAUACUAUGGCGUCUCUGCCGACAUCGUACCAGUGCCGCCUGGCCAGCCUGCUUCCAGCGGUAGAUUGUUGGCAGGACGCGGGCACAGUGCGCCUGAGCAGCAGUGCUCUGAGCAAUGAGUUCUUUGCCCGUGCCUGCCAGGAAUGGCGGGAGCGGCUGGCCGAUGGCGAGCUUACCCACGAGAGCCAGGUGCGGCUGCGAGCCGAACAGGACCGGGCCAGCCUUGAUCCCUGGAAAGGGCGCCACUUUGAGCACGUCUGGGGACACAGGUUACCCUCUGAAGAGCGUGUGGCUUCCCUGAACUUGGCCACUGGCAUACCCUUGGCGGCACCCCUGGCCAACCGCAGAGCAGGGCGACCGCUACGCAGGCCUCACAGACCCGGAAACAGUACUAGCCCUGUAUCGAGGAAUCGGUGUGGCCAUCCAGUUCGAGGCAAUUCUCUCAAGCGGCCCACGAAUGCAGCUCGUGUGAAGGACGAGUCCUUGGCUAAGCGGUUCAAAGAGCUCCCUGCUGACGCUGCUCUCAGCACGAUGCCACAAGAGAGGUUAGAGGACGAGCCUGCGGAUGCCACCCAGCUGACGUUACAGCAGAUAUCGCAUGCUGAAGCCGAGAAGGGCGACCAAGAGGCAGUGUUGACUGUUGAUGUCAUUGAGGAUCCUUGCCCUCUUGGCCUGUCAACAAUGGAAGAAGUGGUGCAAGAAGAAACUCCCUCACUGUUUCCCGAAUCUGAUGAAUCGUCACUCCAGCCUUGCAGAGAGGAGCAACUUGCUGUCCCAGAUAUUGUUUCAAGCACAUUGGCACAGCCACUGGAGGCACCAGAGUGCGUUAUUGCAGCGGCUGGUGAAUGUACUGUACCUUGUGAGGAUGAAGGUGGCGAACCACUUUCAGCAGAGCAGCUCUUGCUUAGGGUGUAUGAUGACAAGUCUGAGGAGGCAUCUCCAGCUCCAGCAUCUGAAGGUUGUGCCAACCUUGUCGAGGAAGCCGCGGUAGAAGAGGACACCAUGGUCGAAACCGAGGUGGAAGUUGAAGAUGCUUCGCACGAGGUCGUGUCCCAGCCGCUCGGCCCCAUAACACAGGCACCCGAGGCAACAACCGAGGUCAUCCUGACGACUGAGGUACCACCAGUGGUGGGUGCCGAGGAAGAAGUGGUCUUCCUGUCCUCACCAGUGGAUCACAGUACUGUGGUUGUGACCACGGAAGAAGACGAACCAAUGGACAGGGACCUGAUGGCAGCCAACAAUAUGCUGCUGUUGCGGGAGGAAAGGCGAGACGAUCACGCUCUCCUGAACAACAUGGUAGAGCACAACAACGUCCCUGACCAGGUGGCUCUGGAGGUUAUGGCACAAGAGGAGCCUGCCCUAGAAGCUGUGGCUGAAGUGGUUGAAGUUGAGGAAGUCCCACUUGAGCUAGACAUGGUAGAACCUUCACCACCUCUAGUGUUCCAGGCUCUGGUCAGGCCGAGCUCCCGGAGUGCCACGCCCGAACCAGCAAUGCUCCUCCACAGCGCACAGCCACUGGUCGUCGUCACUCGCCCAUCGAGCGCGCCUGUCACCGUGCCCGAGAGUGCUCUCCUGAAAACUGCAGCGCGAAAGUCGCUGAGCUGCCGAGACCUGUUGGCCCUUCAGCAGCAGGUGUCGUCAUCGGCAGCUUCGCAAACGGGCAUAGCGUCACAAGUGUGUGUGUCGAUCGAGCAGGCGGGCGGUGGCGUGGCGCUCGUUCCUAUCAUGGUAUCUGGAAAUGGCCGCCGGCGAGGGGGCCACGGUGGAGACGGUACUAGGUGUGGCGGCAGCAGCGAAGCCGGUGCUUGUGCUUGCAGUCUGAGGCCCAUGGCAGUGUGUCGCAAGUGUGGUGCAUUUUGUCACGACGGAUGCAUAGGUCCUUCCCACCUGUGCGUUACCUGCCUCAUACGGUGACAGAAUGCGUUAUGCGUUGUUUUUGUCAAGGAGAGACUGGUAAAUUGUGCCCAAAGGAUGAACAGCAAGACUGGCUAUGGUGGCGGUGCACACACUGAUUGUGACUAAAUGUGCAACACCAGUGCUAGUGAUCAUGUCCCACCGCAGGUCUCCCGACCCUGCCUGUGAAUAACAGUUAGGACGUCCUUUGUACUUGACCCAUCAUGGGUUGCAUUGUUUGUCUUACCACGUAACUCGCUGCGUUGACUUUUCACCUGUCAAUUCUUAUUUUUUUCCUUCUGGUGCAGGAUGCCUGACGCCUAGUAUUUAUUCAAGCUGAAUUUUGUUUGCACUGUCCAAGCGCAACAAAUGAUGACUUGCAGCUUCCAUAAACAGCAUUGUUGCUGUCUCUACGAAGCUGAUAACGGAUGCAAAGAGAUGCAAAUUGUGUUGGGCGAAGCAUUAGCUGCUUCCCUCUUUCUGUGUGAGGUGGUCGAGAAGAGUGCCAGGUUCCCUUCCUGGGACGUGCGGGCUGCUCAGUUUUCGAGGACCCCUGUGGUUGCCAAAGUUUUUAAAUGUUGUUUUCCAGCAUGUCUGUCACCAUGCUGGUGUGGUAUCAGAAAAAAAAGCGAGCUUGUAAGAGCAGUUUGUGAGAUCAUGCGCCUAGUAGUUAGGGAUUGUCUACAUUUUGUGCGUAGUCUUUCCUUCAAACCAUUGCUGGCAUGUUUGGAAGCAAGAAAUGAUGCGAUGGAUGCAUGGACCACGUUUAUUUUCAUUUCCUUUCAACUUUGGGUGGCUCAUCUGUACAUGUUUCGAAAGUAGCUGGGAUGGAUGUUGUGAGAAAGAAUAUUUAUUUGUCUUGGUUCCUGAAGUGUAAAUUGGGGCUUAAGGUAUUCAGGGAUGGAACUGACUCAAGUGUAGGCAGUUGCUUGAGGAAGGUUCUCAAGUGUGCGUGUUCAAGACUCACUAGAGUGAAAUGUUGCGUGAAAUGCUUGUUGCAUAAAGUUACCUCUAGUAUAUAAAUAUAUAUAUACAUAUAUAUAUAUUAUACAUAGUCCAGCUAUGCUGGGUCUUCAGUUUGGCUACUUCUGAUACACAGGCUUUUUUUCUCAUUGUAAAUAAAUAUUUCCAGUUCGCUAAA